AUGGGCAUCCCUGGCCUGGAAGCUGCCCACUUCCUGAUUUCCAUCCCUUUCUCUAUGUUCUACAUUGUCGGCCUGUUGGGAAAUUUCACACUUUUGUUUGUUGUAUGGAAAGAGAAGACCCUGCACAAGCCAAUGGACCUGCUGCUCUGCAUGCUGGCACUUACAGACAUCAGCAUGCCUACCUCCAUCGUUCCAAAGGCACUGUGUAUAUUUUGGUUCAAUUUCAAGGGCAUUACUGCGAGUGGCUCCCUCACCCAGAUGUUCUUUCUUCAGGCAGCUUCUGUGAUGCAGUCAGCCGUCCUCGUCACAAUAGCUUUCAAUCGCUACGUUGCCAUAUGUAACCAUCUGAGAUAUGCCACCAUCCUCACCGAUGCACAAAUAGCUAAACUAGGGCUAAUGGGUUUGGCAAGAGCUGUUCUCUUCCUUCUGCCCCUGUCCCUGCUCCGAAGCAGGCUGCCAUUCUGUGCCAACCGCAUUAUCCCCCACACGUACUGCGACCACAUGGCUGUGGUGAAGAUGUCAUGUGGGGACAUUACAGUCAACAGGACAUACGGUCUGAUCAUCAGGACUGUCCUCAGAAUAUCCUCCAAGAAAGCCCUCAACAUCUGCAUAGCCCAUAUCGGUGUGAUACUGGUUUCUUACACUCCCUUCCUCUUCUCCUCCCAAUUUGGUCAGGGCAUCGCUCUGCAUGUUCACAUCAUCUUGGCCAACCUCUAUUUCCUCCUUGCCGCCACGCUCAACCCUAUCAUUUAUGGAGUCAUAAUGAAAAAGCUUUGUGACAAAGUGGGCAAGUACACCUGCACAAUGUGA